ACAGAUGUAGAAAUUCUCUGAUGGAGGGCUCUGUCCUCAUACUUCCUGAGAAGCUUGUACUUAUGAGUGUCAGUCAUCCUGCUAAUGUGCAUUAAAAGGAGGCCAGCGGGGCUGAGGCUGUGUCAGCAUGAUGGCCCCCAAAGAGACCACCCUCCUCUGUCUUGUGCUCUGUCUGGGCCAGAGGAUUCAGGCACAGGAAGAGAAGGAAAGGAAUGGCUUCCCCACGGCGGGCCACCUGAGUCUGGGCUUUAUUUUCUUCCAGGGGACUUUCCCAUGCCUCUCAUAUUUGCCAGAUCAAGUCCUGUGGUUCCCCGGCAUGGAUCUGCGAAAAUCCAGUGCCAGAGCAGUCCUGAAUCUUUCCUGACCCAGCUGGUGAUCCAAAAAAACUCCACGUACAAGGAGGUAGACAGGAAACUGGGGUUUUUGAACGAGAGUGAGUUCAUCGUUGACCACAUGGACACAAACACGGCAGGGCGCUAUCACUGCCGAUACAGGAGAGGCUUCACCUGGUCACAUUACAGUAACGCCCUGGAGCUGGUGGUGACAGGCUUGUAUGACAAACCCUUCCUCUCUGCAGAUCGGGGUCGUGUGGUGAGGCCGGGAGAGAAUAUUUCCUUCACGUGUACCUCGGCACACCUCCCAUUUGAUAGAUUUUCGCUGGCCAAGGAGGGAGAACUUUCUCUGCCACAGCACCAAAGUGGGGAACACCCGGCCAACUUCUCUCUGGGUCCUCUGGACGUCAAUGUCUCAGGGAGCUACAGGUGCUAUGGUUGGUACAGCAGCAGCCCCUACGUGUGGUCCGCCCCCAGUAAUGCCCUGGAGCUUGUGGUCACAGGAAUGUAUGACACACCCACCCUCUCGGUUCAUCCUGGACCAGAAGUGAUCUUGGGAGAGAAGGUGACCUUCUAUUGCCAUCUGGGGACUGCAACAAGCACCUUCUUUCUGCUCAAGGAGGGAAGAUCCAGCGUACGGCGCGGAUACGGGAAGGUCCAGGCAGAAUUCCCCAUGGGCUCUGUGACCACAUCCCACAGAGGGACCUACCGGUGUUUUGGCUCCUAUAACAACCAUGCAUGGUCUUUCCCCAGUGAGCCAGUGAAGCUUCUGAUCACAGGUGACACUGAGAACACCAGCCUUGCACCUACAGACCCCACCUCUCCUGACUCUGGGGACACCUACCUUUUAACCACAGACAUGGGACUCCAGAAAGAGCUUGCCCUCUGGGACCACACUGCCCAGAAUCUCCUUCGGGCGGGCCUGGCCUUCCUGGUCCUGGUGGCUCUGGUGUGGCUCCUGGUUGAAGACUGGCUCAGCAGGAAGAGGACCAGAGAGCCAGCCAGCAGAGCUUCCACCAGGCAUUGCAGGAGAAGCUUGAACACCAAGACUCUCUGAAGAGCAACCAAGAGGUGCAGCAGCUGCGGGUGGAACUGAAAGCUGGUGUUGAGCCUGUGCUGAACCCACAGAGGAGGGAGUCACUGCAGGGAACAAGGGACAAUGCCAUUCCAUUUGUCGGAGCACCCCAGAUGACACAGGAGGUGGGAGAAACAAGCUAAAUUGCUUCGUUAUUUCUUUCCCGAGACGGAGUUGGGCUCUGUCGCCCAGGCUGGAGUGCAGUGGCGUGAUCUCAGCUCACUGAAACCUCCGCCUCCCAGGUUCAAGCGAUUCUCCUGCCUCAGCCUUCUGAAUAGC